AGCUGUGAGAUUCAUCGUUCUCGCCAUUUAACUGUUCUCCGUUUCUCCGUCAUUGGCCGAUUCAAUGGUUUUUUCUGCCCGAAAUUUUGUUUCCCAGAAAUUUUAAUCGAUUUUUUGAAAGCCAUAUUUAAUAAGCAGUCUGUGCCGAAAUGCCGCCAUUCUUCACUGAAAAGCUGCAGGGUUCAGUUGAGGAACUUCAAAAUCAGGAAAAUGAGGAAUUGACUAUUGAACAGAAGCUUGCCAUCAAAAAAACCAGGGUCAGUCUUAACAGAGUAAUUGCAAAAAUGAAAAAAGCUGGAGUUGAUCAAAAUUACUUCGAAGACAUUGUAAACAAAAUUCAAGAUAUCAAUAAAUUAAUUGACAAAUGUCUCGAAAUCAAUCGGAAGGAAUAUUUCGAAAGUCAAGAAUGUCAGUACACAAAAUCACUUUGCUCUAUCCGAGAUGGGAUGAAAAUGAUUUUAAGGUCACAUGCAAUUUAAAUUGUUAUUUUCUCUAGAUGUUAUCUGAAAAUGUCUUGAAUUUUAAACGAAUAAAAAUGGAACACACUGUGAGAGUGU